UCAUUUAUUCCGUGACUAUACACGAGCCAAGUUUGACGUAUACAGGUUACCGGUGCAUGAACGCGUUUUUCAUGUAUCAUCAAUCUUUUACGUGAAUUAACAAUGUUAACGUUUUUGCUUGCGAUAUGUAUUUUUUUUGCCGUACACGCUACGAAUCUGGAAACAGUUCACGAUGAAGAACUUCUGAAUCUCAUAAAGACCGAAAAAUAUGUGAUUGUUCUAUUUACAAGAAAAGAUUGUCCAGAAUGUAAAUAUGAAAAUGAACUGAUUCAACUACGCGAGGACUUGGUUGAUUCCUUGUCUGCAUGGAUUGUUAAGACUGUUGAUAGUCAAUUACUUCAAUUAUACAGUACUGAUAAAGAACCGGUUCUACUGUUCUUCCGGCAUGGACUUCCUCUGUUGUAUGAUGGACGUUUAAAUGACGAAGAGAUAUUAACUAUGUUUACGGAGAAUAAAGUACCUGCAGUAAAAGAACUCACAGAUGAUACAUUUGAACAUUUAACACAAGCAAGUAGCGGUGCUACAACUGGUGACUGGUUUGUUAUGUUUUACAGUACAGAUUGUGUGCAAUGUUUACGUAUGGUUGCAAGAUGGGAAACUGUUGGUGCAAAGCUCAAGCAAAGAGUAAAUGUAGCACUUAUUAAUAAAUCCACAACUGGGGUUUCCACAGCCAGGAGAUUUAAUGUUUACGAUAUUCCGCAUUUUAUAUUCUUCAGACAUGGCAAAAUGUACCGUUAUGAUACAGGAAGAUAUGAUAUUAAUUCCCUUGUAUCAUUUGCUAAAGAAUGGUACAAAAAUGUAAGAGCAGAGAAAGUGCCUGUACCUCAAAGUCCUUUUGAUAAUUUCACGCAAAUGAUUGCAAAUUGGCUCCAUGACAAUCCAUGGAUAUUGAAACUAGCCAGCAUUUGUAUUGGAAUAUUAGUUGUUAUUACAGCCGUGUCUAAAUUUAAGCAUAAACCUGAGACUCCACAGAAAAAAGAAAAAUAACUCUACUGCGUUUGAUUUGCCAAAGGUAUAAUAUGGAUGUUUCUCUAUACAAACUAUCAUCUGCA